UGUACAUAAAUGUGUGUACGAGUGUCCAUAUUUAUCUUUCCCCAUAUAUCCAUUCUAUCUCUCUCUCUCUCUCUCUCUCUCUCUCUCUCUCCAUCUCUCCAUCUUGAACAGUCACACAUUCAAGAGAAAAUGGUGAGGAUCAUGAGAUUGGGGAAGAUGGUGGAGGGGUUGAAGACGAAGAUAAAGGUGAGUUUGAGGAUGACGAAGAAGGCAUCGUAUGAUAAGAUAGAGAAGAGUGAGAGCAUGAGAAUUGAAUUGAGAAGCAGAAAGGCCCAUAAGCUCAUCCAGCAGACCCUCAAGAUUGCUGACUCUCCCACCACCAGAACUCAUGCUUUCUGAUUUCACACACACAUAUAUAUACAUACACCGUAUACAUACAUAUACGUACGGGUGUAUGUAUAUUUUAGGUGUAGCUCUCGAACCUUGCAUAUGAUAUAUUUCUGCUGCCAACACAUACAUUCACAAAAACCUAUGUUUUGUUGUGUUAUAUAGUAAUUAAACUUCAAAAACAUUAUCGCUUCUGUGCGUAUUUUUAAUUCAUGGUUAGCGGUGUAAAUUACCAAAAUUCAAGUAUUUUCGAAUUUGAUUAUUUUUA